GCUCAUAUAAAAUACUGACUUUCCCAAAAUAUAUGUUUGAUUUGAUUACUUUUUGUAACCGUAAAUACAAUGAAAUAAUCUCAAAUUUCCGUACCAAAAUCCGUCAAACAUUCGAAAUUCUUCUCUUAUAAUUGGAACACCUAUCAGAAAAUCACUCCCAACCCAGUAAAUUCCAACUUAAUUUCCACUUAAUUGUUCCAAAUUUCAUCUUUUUUUUUAUCUCCUCACAAUUCUCUCUCCCUCACAAUUAUAUAAAUUUAUAUAUAUAUAUAUAAAGCCCUCGAAACCAUUCCAUACAAUCAGGCUUUGUAGUUAAUCACCACAUUAGCUAGUAAUUACACAAUUUUAUAAUCAAAACAUAAUUAUUAAUGAUUAACAAGAUGAGUAAUCGCAAAGCCUCCUCUUCCAUCCUCUUCUUUUUCGUUGUCGUUUUCCUCUUCUCUUCAUCAAUUUCAUCAUCAUCAGCUUUCAACAUCACAAGACUCCUUGGCGAAAGACAGGAAUUUAGUACUUUCAACAACUACUUAACUCAGACAAAGCUUAACGACGAGAUCAACCGUCGCCAAACUAUCACAGUCCUCGCCGUCGACAAUGCCGCAACAGCUCCCCUCUCCGGAAAGCCACUUGAAGUAAUUAAGAAAAUCUUUAGCGUUCACGUGAUUUUGGAUUACUUUGACGUUGAGAAGAUUACCAAGCUUGGUAUCUCCAACAAGACAUCAACUCUCACUACUCUCUUCCAAGCCUCCGGCUCCGCCGUUGACCAAGAAGGCUUCCUCAAAGUCGCGCUCGUCAACGAGGGUGAGAUCGCCUUCGGCUCGGCCGCAAAGGGUGGCUCUCUAAACACCAAGUUAGUUAAAUCGGUGUCCGCGCAGCCCUUCAACAUCUCCGUUUUUCAGAUUACCUCACUGGUCCAAGUCCCAGGCAUCGAGUCCACCCCAGUUCCGGUGCCGGCACCUAAGAAGGCUCCCGCUCCGUCAAAAAAUACCGUGGCUUCUUCCCCAUCCAAAGAUGUUGCCAAUACCCCCGCCACUGAACCUACUGCUGAUGGACCGGUUUCCGAUUCGCCCACGGAAACUACGCCUGCUGCUGAUGGACCGGUUGCCGAUAAUGCCCCUGUGAGUUCGGCUGCUGAUUCACCGGUGUUGUAUCUGCAGCCGGGGAUGAAGAUCGGAGGAGUGACGGCGGCGGCAUUGAUGUCGUGUUUGGUGGUUUAA